AAAAUAAUCAAAAAAAUAAUCAAGAUGAUGAUCAAGAUGAUGACCAAGAAGACAAUCAAGAUGAUCAAGAUAAUGAUCAAGAAAACAAUCAAGAAAAUACUAUUCAAGUUACUAAUUCAAAUGUUAUACAAACUAAAGGUCAACCAAGUUUAAGGCAAAAAAGUGCAUUAGAAUUGAAAAGCAAAAGACCAUUACAAACUAUUAAUGAGAAUUCAAAUCAAGAAGGAAGUUCUAAGCAUAGAUAUACUUGUUCUAAUUGUCAUGCUCAUAUAAAUUGCUACAACAGAAAAA